GGCGUGUUUGUGGACACUAAGGUUUAAGCACAUAGCGUAGACGUUUCCUACACACCGUCAGUUUAAAGGUUCCAGAGGAGCCCCGGGACCGGCUACGAUGAUCUGUAUCCUGCUGGUAGCCGGCCACGGCACCGUGUUAGAGGCCCAGAUUAAGAAUGAUGAAACAGGCCUGUACAGCCACCUGAGCGGGGUACCUAAGGCCUUGCUUCCUGGAAUUGGAGGAAAGAAGAUCCUUGACUUUUGGUGGGAAACUGUCAACAUGCGCCAGCUGUUCACAGAGGUCUAUCUGGUUACCAAUGCUGAUAAGUACAAGCACUACGAGCGCUGGGCCACAGCUACCGACUUCCCUGUGGAAAAUAUCAUAAAUGACGGCAGUACUACGCUGGAGGAUCGCCUCGGGGCCGUGGCUGACCUGCAGUUGGUCGUACGCAGCCGGAAGCUGCAGGACGACAUUAUGGUGAUUGCAGGAGACAUGCUGUGUGCAGACCAAAACUUUGACAUUGCUCAAGUUAUUCGCUUCUUCAGGUCAAAGCCCGGUGAGCUGAUCAUAUACUACGAGCUGGAAGAAGGGGAGAAGAGCAGCUCCAGAGGCAUCGUAGAGGUCUGCCAUGAUUCCCACAGGGUAACUCGCUUCUUGGAAAAGCCACAGGAAGGGCAGACGGCGUCCCAGCUAGCCAGCGUGGUGUUCUACUGCAUCCAGAGGGACACGCUGUCCUACAUGUCGGACUUCCUGAGCCAGCAGCCUCAGACCGUGGGCAGGACCUUUGGACAGUUCUGGGAGUGGCUCAUCAAUGAGAAGCAGUGCCCCGUGUUUGGUAUGAAGCUUCCUACUGGCUUCCAGCUGAUCGGACAAGUGGGACUGUCGGACUACACCAAGUGGCUCACCCACUACUCCACCAAGCAGCAAGGCAGCCCUGCUAAACCUAUUACAUGCCGGUCAUACGCCAGGGUGGGACUAAUGGGGAAUCCCUCAGAUGGCUUCAAUGGAAAAACAAUCGCCAUGACCAUCGCUAACUUCUGGGCUGAGGUUACUCUGCUGGAGAGCCAGACUUUGGUUUUAGUCCCUCAUCCACUCAACGACCCCACAGAGUUUGGCAGCCUGCAAGAUCUGUUCUGUAUCAGCAGGAAGGAAGGGUACCUGGGGGGUCUUCGACUGCUACAGGCGACAUGUAAAAAGUUUCACCAGUUCUGCUUCAAACAAGGGAUUGCUUUGACAAAGCAGAACUUCACCCUGAAGUACGACACCAACAUUCCCCGACAAGUGGGCCUUGCUGGAAGCAGUGCCAUCGUCUCAGCUACUCUGAAGUGUCUCAUGAAGUUCUACAACAUCACAGAUAAUGAUCUUCCCAAACCAAUCAGAGCCAACUUCAUCCUCAAUGUGGAGACGGAUGAGCUGUUCAUUACCGCUGGGCUGCAGGACCGAGUUGUACAGGUGUAUGAAGGCUUAGUGUACAUGGAUUUUAGCAAGGAGCUCAUGGAAGAGCACAGCUUCGGAGCCUACAUUCCUAUGGACAUGAGUGAACUUCCACCGUUCUGGCUGGCCUACCUGAGCGACCCCAGUGAUUCUGGCCGUAUCCAUAGCAACAUCCGACAGCGCUGGCUCAGUGGGGAGCCGCUGGUCAUUGAAGCCAUGAGGAGAUUUGCUGAGCUGACUGAUCAGGCCAGGACGGCUUUCCGGGACAAAGACUGGAGCCGCCUGGCUCAGCUGAUGGACCAGAACUUUGAGCUGCGCCGGUCUAUUUACACCGAUGACUGUCUCGGCCCUGGGAAUCUCAAGAUGGUUCAGCUGGCGAGGCAGUUUGGAUCGGCAGUGAAGUUACCCGGCAGCGGGGGGGCGGUGGUGGGUCUGUGCCUGGACCAGGCGAGGCUGGUGGAGAUGAGGCAAGCUUUCCAGGAGGCAGGCUGUGUGUUCUGUGUCAUCUCACCAUAUAACCCAUCUGCCAGCGCUGUCGGUGGCCAACACUAACCUCGCACGUCUCCACACGACUCGGUCGGCUCAGUUGGGGCCAACUCACGGCCGUGGCACAGUGCACGUGUCUGAAAGAGCUCCGGUGUCGUUUCAAAGACUAAAAUCACUACAGUGGAGAACAAAGCUCCAUACUAUGGAGGACCACAAGAGCCACGCGCAUCGAAAUAAAAAAUUCUGUGAUUAAUUUUAAUAAACUGAUUUUUAAAAUG